UGAAGAUCGGGAUUUGUAAAUGAAAAGACAUUAUCUUUUUCCCUCUUCCAAUUCUUUCAUCUUCCCAAAAAUCUACAGUUCGUCACGAUUCUUCACAAAUCGCGCUGUUAUAGACGAAGAAUACGAUCGAUCCGAUUCACAAAACGCCGAAUCGCCGACCCAGAAACCUGGAUAAGGAAUCAUUGCUGCUGCUUGAAUGGAGAAAUUUCAGUUAUUAGAUACAAUUUCUGAUGAUGAUGAUGAUCUAUUAUGCCCUAUAUGUUUAAACUUUCCUCAUAACACUGUUCUCCUUCAAUGUUCUUCAUUAAACAAAGGCUGCCGUCCUUUCGUUUGCGAUACCGAUCAUUUCCUUUCCAAUUGUUUAAACCGUUUUAGAAAUGCUCAUGGAAUGUCAGAUUCAAUUUCACCUGAAAACACAUGUUCAUUAUCAGAUGAAAAACCCUUAUGUCCAUUAUGUAGAGGAGAAGUUACAGGAUGGAUUGUUAUAGAUGAAACUCGUAAACAUAUGAAUGAGAAAGAAAGAUGUUGUGAAGAACAUGGAUGUUUAUUUACAGGAACUUAUUUACAGCUUCAAGAACAUGCUAAGAAAGAACACCCACAUGGGUGUCCUGCGAAAAUCGAUCCUGUUCGUCAGCUUGAUUGGGAGAAUUUUCAACAGUCGUCUGAAACUAUUGAUGUUUUGAACACUAUUCAUGCUGGAAUACCUCAUGGGGUUGUUCUUGGUGAUUAUGUUAUUGAAUAUGGAGAUAAUGAUAGUGGAGAUGAUGAGUUUAGAAGAGAUAAAAGGAAUUGGUUUACUUCAUGUAUUCUGUUUCAGGUUUGUGAUAAUGUUAGGAGUUCGAGAAAUCGAAGGAGGUUUAGGGCUGAUAGAGAUAGAAGAAGAAGAAGUAAUCAACAAUUUGAAUCUCAAUUCUUUGAUUAUGGUGUGGAGUCUGUUACAUCUAUUAUAGGUUCACCUGAUUAUAGAAACAAUGAAAUCGUAGGUUUCCAAAGUUCGGGAAGAAGGAGCUCGCGAUUAUUUGAGAGUUAGACAAGACCAGAAGAAUUGAUAGCAAUUUGUGACAGUUGAUAUUUGUGUAGUUGAAUCGAUAGCAACAGUAGUUUUCAUUUUUUCCUUAAACUUUGAUUUACCCUAUACAUGAUCAAUAUUGAUGGAUGUUGUAAAAUGGUGAGUAUUGAAUGAUAGAAAGAAACAUUGUUGGUUAAAUUUUUUUGUAGUAAACUAUGUUUUUGAAAUUGUA